GCUCUCUAUGCCUUCUUCAACGGAGAAAAGGUACGGUUGUUGAGGGUCAUCUUACGUAACCCUCCUAACCCGAGUCAUUCUCGCCUCGCUCGGAGGGAAAGAAUCUACCUCGGAACAAGGCUGGCUAUCUUAAUACCAUUAUCUACGGUUAACUUACCACCGUAGGGAUGGGGGAGGGAGAGACCGGGGAAAAGAGUCUUUUUUUUGUUGGGAGUGGGAAGGAAAGGGUUGGAUGGAUGGGUGAAGGGAGCGCAUACUCCCACUAGUUGCUGAAUUGCUAUCUGCUCGCUGGAUGGAGGGAGAGGCAUUAUCAUUUGGUGUUGGAAUGAAUUGUCUACCGGUACCGGGUGUGGAGCUUCGAAAUGUGAGGGGGAUUGUGGAAGCGAUAUUAAUGAUUGCUGUCAAGAUUGACGGAUCCGGAGCACCUACACAUGACCUGUGCUACGCACCCCGGCGGGAGCGAAAGCGCAAAACUCAAGAUACCCCUCAUUUUUUUUUGCUCUAUUCUAUCAUCUAUCCUGUGCCUAAACUUUUUUCACAGCUACGCUACAUACAUACUCCUCCCAACGUCCUGGUUCUGACCUUUCCAACCCCGGUCUAUUUUCUCCUUUCAAAGCUACGGUAG